AGGAGAGUGUUUCUGCUCGUUCCCUCUCUGCCCCGGCAGUCUCUCUCUCUCCCCUGGCAGAUGCAGUAGAGGCCUGUCAAGGCACAGGCCGACCGGGCCCAGGACCCAGAGCCCUCGAGGAACCAACUGAGAUUAAGGACCUGCAGCCCCCGUCCCUGGAGCCAUGGGCAGAAAGUCAGACCCCCCCUGCGCCCCCGAAGUGGGGAAGGGGGAGGGGGAGGGGACCCUGGAGCGGGGCCAGUGGAGCAACAAGAUGGAGUUCGUGCUGUCCGUGGCCGGAGAGAUCAUCGGGCUCGGCAAUGUAUGGCGUUUCCCGUAUCUCUGCUAUAAGAACGGGGGAGGAGCCUUCUUCAUCCCCUACCUCAUCUUCCUCUUCACCUGUGGCAUUCCCGUCUUCUUCUUGGAGACGGCGCUGGGCCAGUACACCAGCCAAGGGGGCGUCACAGCCUGGAGGAAGAUCUGCCCCAUCUUCGAAGGCAUCGGCCUAGCUUCUGUGGUCAUCGAAUCCUACCUGAACAUCUAUUACAUCAUCAUCCUUGCCUGGGCCUUCUUCUACCUGUUCAGCUCCUUCACCGCAGAACUGCCCUGGGCCACGUGUUCCAACUACUGGAAUACAGCCCAGUGCGUGGUCUCCCCGAACAGCUCGGAAAAUGGCACCUGGACGGUCCCCUCCAACGCCACCUCACCUGUUGUGGAGUUCUGGGAGAGGCGGGUGCUGGGCAUCACGACUGGCAUUCACGACCUGGGCUCCCUGCGCUGGGAGCUGGCGCUGUGCCUCCUGCUCGCCUGGAUCAUCUGCUACUUCUGCAUCUGGAAGGGCGUCAAGUCCACGGGCAAGGUGGUCUACUUCACAGCCACGUUCCCUUACCUGAUGCUCAUCAUCCUGCUGGUCCGGGGUGUCACCCUGCCUGGGGCCUCCCAGGGGAUCGUCUACUACCUGAAGCCGGACGUACAGCGUCUUGCAGACCCGCAGGUGUGGAUGGACGCGGGCACACAGAUAUUCUUCUCCUUCGCCAUCUGCCAGGGUUGUCUGACCGCUCUGGGCAGCUAUAACAAGUAUCACAACAACUGCUACAGGGACUGCAUCGCGCUCUGCAUCCUGAACAGCAGCACCAGCUUCGUGGCCGGCUUUGCCGUCUUCUCCAUCCUGGGCUUCAUGGCGCAGGAGCAGGGGGUGCCCAUCUCUGAGGUGGCGGAGUCAGGGCCGGGCCUGGCCUUCAUCGCUUUCCCCAAGGCCGUGACGAUGAUGCCCUUGUCCCAGCUCUGGUCUUGCCUGUUCUUCCUCAUGCUGAUCUUCCUGGGGCUGGACAGCCAGUUUGUCUGUGUGGAGUGCCUGGUGACUGUCUCCAUGGACAUGUUCCCCAGGCAGCUGCGGAAGAGGGGUCGGCGGGAACUCCUCAUCCUGGCCAUCUCCAUCGUGUGCUACCUCCUGGGGCUGCUCCUCGUCACUGAGGGUGGCAUGUACAUUUUCCAGCUGUUCGACUACUACGCGGCCAGUGGCAUAUGCCUGCUCUUCCUGGCGAUGUUUGAAGUCUCCUGCGUCGGCUGGGUAUACGGAGCGAACCGUUUCUAUGACAACGUCGAGGACAUGAUCGGCUACCGACCUUGGCCGCUCAUAAAAAUCUGCUGGCUCUUUCUCACCCCGGGUCUCUGUCUGGCCACCUUCAUCUUCUCCCUGACCAAGUACGUGCCGCUCAAAUACAACAACGUGUACGAAUACCCACAGUGGGGCCAGGCCAUCGGCUGGCUCAUGGCCCUCUCCUCCAUGGUCUGUGUCCCACUCUACUUCAGCAUCAUCCUGGGCAAGACUCCCGGGACUUUCAAACAGCGGCUGCUACAGCUGACCACGCCGGAUCCAGACCUGCCGCAGCCCAAACCACGUCUGGAUGGCGUCUCCCAGCCGGGAGGCCUGCCCUCCCCGUCUCAGGAGGGCUUCGGGGCUCCGGGGAAGGAGACUCGGCUGUAGGGAGUGGUGAGGGACUGGGGGACGCUGGGCGGGACCCUGCAGGGACAGGCUGGCGGGGUGGGGCCCCUGUCUCCUCCAGCUGGACCAAAGGGGCAAGGUCCGAGAUCUCUCCGGGGCAGACCAGGCUCAGGGACGCAACCCGUCAAGCGCAGAGUGGACUGCUGGCCUAGACGGAUGUGAGAGACCCUCUCUGACUUCUGAAGCAUCUCUGGCAGGGGGGUGUCUGUGGCUCUCUAGGGGGAGGGGCCCUCCUGGCACGGUCCUAGGGGUGGUCCGCACCUACGGGGCCUCUGGUCACAUUCUCUCUGAGGUCCUUCUCCCCCUCCCAGGCUGACCCGGUUAGCUCCCCUCUAUCCUCCUGUCACCUUGGUGAGACCAUUCUCCUGCUCUGGGCUCCGUGACUUCUCUCCCUUCCAGCCCCUGCCUCUAACCCUGACCCAGGCCCUGUCCCUGCCCCAGCCAUCGCCCCCCCCCCCCCGCCCCACUACCUUUGCCCUCCUACCUCCACCCCAGCCCCUGCCCCCUCCCAUCAUGAUGAAGUCCUCCAGUGGAAUUGAAAUGGGCGGUUCUGGCCUCAGUGGCUCUGGCGCCGGCUGCCUCUGAGGAUGGUUCGCCAGCUCCCCUAUACCGGAGUAUAUUUCAUAAACCUUUGUACUUUGAACUCUUGGUUACAGUGGAGCUCCUGGUCAGAGGAGGUGGAGUCUGUUGGUGAGGAGGGGGGAUUGGAGAGGGGCCAGGGGAAUCACUGCCCCCAGCUCGAUUCUUCUGGACCUUGAUGGGUCAGGGCCACCCUAACCCCCCGUGCCCCGAUGCUUGUGGCCGAAAGCUAUGUUGGAAACCGGCGGAAGCCUGGUGUCACCCUUGGAGAGGACAGAUGUGUCCAGUUCCAGCCGGCGUGGCUCCACCGGGGCUAAAUAUGGCCCCCGACUCCAUCUAUAGACUUUUUAUAGCUGGCUCCCGGCCCCGCACCACAGCAUCUCCUGCCUCUGAGGGCCGUGGCUUGGAAGAGGUGCCCGUGUUUGGAGGAGACCGUGUUUGGACACGGUGUCUCUGGAAGAAGUCUGGGGUGGUCAGGGGUUGGGGCUCCUCCCCAGAGGCACCCCUUAGGUUCGGACGGACUCCCACAAAGUGCCGAGCGAGAGGUUGUUGUGGUCCGCAAGACACCAGGUGGGACAUGGCAGAGUCGCAGUGCCUUGCCAUCUGCUCUCCUGGGCAGGACCACCAUCUCUGCCAGCCGGUUCAGCAGAUCCUCUUGAUACCCACUGCGAGCCCCCACCGGAAGCCAAGAGCCCCCACUGGUACUGAGAAUCCUCAGGGCUCAACCCCGUGUGUGAACAAGGGAUAGGGAGAGUUUCUUUGGGGUCCAGGCAUCACCCCCAUCUGCUGUGUGACCAUGGCCAAGUACCUUGACUCCUCCGUGUCUCGCUUUCCUCAAUACCGGUUCUCCCUUCUACUUAUGCUGUGAGUCCCAAGAGGGACAGAGAUUUUGAUCUGAUUAUCCUGAUUAUUUUGAUCUACUCCAGUGCUUAGCACAGUGCUUGACAAAUAGUAAGCGCUUAAUAAAUACCACUAUUAUUAUUGUAAUUACUAUUUUAAUUAUUAGCCGCAGCCCUUCUGCAGGGGGUGUCGAGCCCACCGGCUUCUGCAGCAGCGUUGCAGCUUCCCUUCCGGUGGCUCCGGGUCUGGCCCUGCGUUCUGCAACUGUGCAGCUCGCUGUGGUUCUCGUAGUGAUUUCUGCCGUUGCGGCAGGUCUCCCGCAAGAGGCGUCAGGCCUGGCUUUUUUGGUGGUAGCCCGAUAGCCCCCUCACCUAAUUGCCCCUGGGGACCCGGGACUAGAGGUCAGAAGGUUGUGGUCAGCCCGCUGGGGUCAGGGCCGUAGGGGUUACCUUCUGGCCAAACUAGAACUAAUAGAGUGGCAUCCAUAGCUCUGCUGGGCAGCCUUGGCUCUGGGGCUCGGUUUACCUUUCUUCUACCUCCUUUUUCCCUCCCUCAUCGGCACGAGUGCCCCUUUCCUUCUCCUCAUCUGGCCUCCAGCCACACGCCCUCAAAUGACCUGCCGGUGCUGACCAUGUCUACUCAUUGACCAGGCAAGGAGAUGCAUGACACCAGUCAGACACCACGUGGGUUAUGACAGACACGCAGCAUAACGUGAUGUCAUCAUGCACGCCAUUCUGCAAGAAGUCCAUCUGAACCCAGAAUGUUUUUCGGGGAGACCCCUGCGCCUGCCCCUCACACUUUUCAGAGUUACCAGCCCUACAAAACGGGCCCCGCUUCCGAGCCAGGAGACUCGGGGGCGGGUGCCACGAGGGAGGGAGGCUGGGGGCCCACAGACAGAAAGGCGUCCUUGCUGACAGGGGAAAGACUGACUGCAAAUUGGAUGAGUGACCAGAAGCCCUUGGGGUGGGGGCUAGGAAAAUCAGGUCAACUGACACUGCUGUUGUUAGUGUCCACUGCCUAAGUCCAAAGACAACCAGGACCCCCUCGAGGUCUCUGCAGAGACCCUCUCUCUGUCUCUCUCUACCCCCCCCCCACAUUCACACAACCAUUCAGUAGUACUGACUGAGCACUGACUAUGCAGAGCACUCUCUUGGCUGCUUGGGAGCAGGCAACAGAAAUAGUUAGGACGCCUUGGGCCAUUCAAGUGGAAGAAAUCCUGGAAGCAAGAGAUAGAUCGUGAAAGUGAGAGGUCAGGCCGAGCGAUUCGGAAGCCAUUCGCAUCUAGAUGGGAACGGAAGCCAGGUGAGAUGAGCUCCCCAAGGGAGCGAGGAUCCAAGUGAGAAGAGUAGGGGAACCUAGAAGAGACCCCCCCCCGUAAAGUUUGGGGGUGAGAGGCAGAAGAGGAGUGAGUGAAAGAGACUGAGGGAGAGCGGUCAGAGUUGUAGGGGCGAGGAAGGGAACAGACAGCCAUGGUUGCGCAAGUGACAAUUCUCAAUAUAAUCUCUAAAACUCUAGGAAUUAAACAGAUAAAAUACC